CUACAUCUACAGCUUCUGGUAUUUUAGGUGGAGUGUUCUUCUUCUUUUCGCCUUCUCGCUCUUUGGUGACGUCACGCUACUUCCGCUGUCCUACUUCCGUACACAAAAUCUCGGCUGAUGACGUGUACAACCCUCCACCGUUAGCUAGCAAGCCAGUUUAGCCCCUUGUCAGAAUAAAGGUGCUCCUGGUUGUGGUAAAAACAAGAUAAAGGGGCUAAAACAUUGAGUUAAAUCGAUAAAAAUGGAGACGCUUUACCACCAGACAAACAAGCAAAUCCAAGAGGUGCAGUCCAUGAUGGGAAACCUGGAGAGGACCGACCGUCAGUCAGUUCACUUGUUGGAGAAUGAACUGCAGGCUCGAAUAGAGCAGAUCUUCAAUCACUUAGAACGGCUUCAGAUCCUGGCCAGCAAGGAGCCACCGAACCGACGGCAGAAUGCCAAGCUACGAGUGGACCAGCUGAAGUACGACGUUCAGCACCUGCGAACUGCCCUACAAAACUUUCAGCACAGACGCUAUGCCAGAGAGGCUCAGGACCGAGAGCGGGAGGAGCUCCUGAGCCGCGCCUUCACCACUAAUGACGCAGACACCUCCAUUCCCAUAGAUGAGACCUUGCAGUUUAACUCCAGUCUUCAGAACGCACACAGCGGCAUGGAUGACCUCCUGGGCAGCGGCACUAGCAUCCUCAACGGCCUCAAAGAUCAGAGAUCUACUCUAAAGGGGACCCAUAAGAAGAUGCUGGAUGUAGCCAACAUGUUGGGACUGUCUAACACAGUGAUGAGACUCAUCGAGAGGCGAGCCACCCAGGACAAGUUCAUCAUGAUCGGAGGCAUGUUGCUGACCUGCGUCUUCAUGUUCUUGGUCAUCAGAUACCUGGGCUGACCACCAUCCACACACAGAUCAUCAGUUGUGGACAUUUCUGCCGCACGUCAUCCCACACGAUAUGAAUUUUUAAAAUUAAAGAAACUUUUAUAAAUUAUGUUAUUAUAUAUAAAUGUUUUUUCUUAAAAUGGCAUUUGACCAUUUUAUUGUGGAUGGCGUAAAAAAUUAGGUCGAAGACCUUUUUUUAGUCAGUAUUUUGCUCAACUGAAACCUCUUUUCUGCAGCCUUCCCAUGACUGAUGCCAAACAUCCUCUUCUUUUCAAAACCACUGUAAAUUCUUCUCGAAACUAUUGCUUCCUCAUGCUAUAAAAAGCUAAUCGCUUUGCUCGUUAGUUUCUCAUCGUUUCAUUUUGAAAUACAGAGGUACAUGUGUGGAUAUAACACCAGGACUCGCAGGAUCUCGGUUUGAGUUGUCACCAUGCAAAGAGUCAAACAAAACAGUAGGAUGUGUGAGACUGGUGUAAUGGAACCGACACCACAAACGGCAUCCUCACAUCAAUACCGGUUUCAGUGAGAUGUAGUGGACUAUUUCUGUUCAACACACAGGACCAUGGAAGCAGUCCCAUUGUAAUAACAUGCUUUGUCUCUGCAUCAGUGUAGUCUCACUAUGUGAGUAAGGAAAAUUCUUAGAAAAUAAACAAUUUUACUAGC